AUGGUCUGCGAAAUUAACCGACGUUUUUUUCUGAACGAGCCUCAACAAUAUCUGCUGCUCAACGCAUGGGUGAUUGAGCGCUGGACAGAUCACAUGUUGGACUGGGAUCCAGCAAAUUUCGACAACGUUUCCGAGAUCAUGAUCCCUCACUACAAGUUGUGGCUACCCGACACAACACUUUACAACUCCCUAACGAUGAAUCAUGCUGAAACCAAGCGACUAAUGAAUGCCCAAUUGACAACAACGAAUGGCAGUGGAGCCAAUGUGAAGCUGCUCUAUCCGACCAUGUACAAAUUCAGCUGUAAUCUUGAUCUCAGAAGGAAACCGCUUUAUUAUGUGAUCAAUUUGAUCAUCCCAACUGGAAUCAUCACCUUGAUAUCAAUUGUCGGAUUCUUUACAUCUUCCUCGAUAAACGAUAUUCGAGAGGAGAAGAUCACUUUGGGGAUCACGACAUUACUUUCGAUGUCGAUUCUGAUAUUGAUGGUGUCGGAUAAAAUGCCAUCUACUUCAUCGUUUAUUCCAUUGAUUGGCUGGUUCUACACCUUCAUGAUCAUGUUGAUCUCUUGCGCCACCCUUGCCUCAUCAUUUGUUAUCUACAUUCAGAAACAGGGUUUAAUCGGGAAUCCGCCCGAAAAAAGCACAAUGAAAUGGGCGAGACGAGUGGGGAAAAUUUUCCGUGUCGAGAUGCCCUUGAUAAUGAAAGAAGCGUAUGCAGCGAAAGCAAGGCUUUACCAGCGCGACAAGGAAGACAAAUUACGCAACGGUUAUGCCCGGAAGCAAAGCGUCUGGCAAAAGAUUCUCACAAGAGCUUCUUCAUCUUCAAAACUCAACCUCAACCAAAGCCGACAAAGCCCAACCGGAUCGAUUGCCGACUCGCUUCUUUUUGAUACAAAAGAGAAAAUGGAUCUGAACGCAGCGAGUUGCCCCGAUUAUUCGGCUUUGAUGACCGAUUCACCGAGGAAGAAAAUCCAGGACCCAUUGCGACGACCGCCAACUCUUAAAAUCUCAAGAGAUGAAUCAGAUCAUCUCGUCAUUCACCGCUUUCUC